AUGGCUGAGACUGCACCCCAAGAACCUCAGAGCAAUGACCAGCUCGUCAAGUCUGAUAACCCAGACCACCCCGCGAACCUAAUUCCUUCCCUUUGCGCCAAGUUUUGGACUCUAGGAUGGGUUACGGGGACCGGCGGCGGAUGCUCCAUUCGUGACGAUGAUCUCGUUUACAUCGCCCCAUCCGGCGUCCAAAAAGAACUCAUGAAACCAUCCGACCUCUACGUCCUCUCCCUGCGCCUCCAGAAUCCCCCAAGCCCCCGCACCUACGUCCGAUCUCCCCCCUCCGGUCGUCCCUCCCAGUGCACGCCCCUCUUCCUCGCCGCCUUCACGAAGCGCAACGCCGGAUGCUGCAUCCACACUCACUCCCAGUGGGCCGUCCUUGUCACUCUCCUCCUCGAGGCCGACGCCGACUCGGGCCGCCGCAAGGUCUUCGAGAUCAACAACAUCGAGCAGAUCAAGGGCUUCGGCAAGGGUUUCGCCAAGUCGGGCAACUUGGGGUACCAUGAUACUUUGAGGAUUCCCGUCAUUGAGAACACGGCGCACGAGGAGGAUCUUACCGAGUUUAUGGAGGAGGCGAUGGAGGAGUUUCCGGAUACGUAUGCGGUGCUUGUGAGGAGGCACGGUGUCUACGUGUGGGGUGAUAACGUGCACAAGGCUAAGACCAUGUGUGAGAGCCUUGAUUAUCUGUUCCAAUUGGCGGUGGAGAUGAGGAAACUUAGUAUUCCGUGGAUCAGCGACAUUCCUGUCGUGCAACCAAAGAAGCUCACUGGACAGUAG